CAUCAUAAAACUGUCACUAAUUCAGUCACUUUUCUCAACCGUCUGAGAUGGGAGACAAUUCUGCCGGAAACCAGUUAUUCAAGGCGUCAGCCGACGCCAUGUUAACCGUCGCCGAUAAGGCUCCACUCACUUCACAAAGAAAACUCCGAUCUGAUCUCGAUUCCAAACUCCCUAAACCUUAUUUGGCUCGAGCCUUGGCUGCACCGGAUACGGAUAACGUGCAUGGAACAUGGGGACACAAACACCGUAACAUGUCGGUUAUGCAGCAGCAUGUAGCCUUCUUUGAUCAAGAUGAUAAUGGCAUCAUCUACCCUUGGGAAACAUUCAAAGGAUUUCGUGACCUGGGAUUCAAUAUCAUUGCUUGUGUUUUCUUCACCGCACUUAUACAUGUAGCGAUGAGUUAUUCCACUCUACCGACAUGGUUACCGUCGCCUCUCUUCCCAAUUUACAUAGAAAACAUACACAAGUGUAAGCAUGGAAGUGAUAGCUCGACUUAUGACACCGAAGGAAGGUUUAUUCCAGCAAACCUUGAGAACAUUUUCAGCAAAUACGCUCACACGAAGACGGACAAACUCACGUUCAAAGAACUUUGGCAUAUGACUGAUUCGAGCCGCAAUGCCUUCGAUUUCUUUGGCUGGACUGCUAGCAAGUUGGAAUGGGGAGUUCUUUAUAUGCUUGCAAAGGAUUCCGAAGGCUUUCUAUCGAAAGAAUCGGUAAGGCGGUGCUACGAUGGGAGCUUGUUCGACUAUUGUGCAGACUUGCAAAAAGGCGCCGUCGGUAAAGCAGCAUAAUUAGUGACAAGUUUUAGUCGUAUUUUCUCUUAAUGAUCUUGUACUUUGGCACUUUACGAUUAAGGGUGACUUUAGUUUUA